AAGCAAUGCAAAUCAACGAGCCGCCAUCUUUGACUUCCAAUUCUCCCCAAAAACCAAUACAAAUCGACGGACCGCCAUCUUUAACAUUAGCAAUUUCGACAGCCAUUUAUAAUAAUCAAGACUAUACAAAUAACUUUACAGAUAUCUAUAAUCAACAAUAUUAUAGUAAUGACUUUACAACAGUCAUUUACAAUCAACAAGACUAUACGACAGCAAUCGAUAAUCAACAAGACUACGCUAAUUAUUUAACUCAAAAUUCGAUCGACAACGUUUACAUAAUUGAUUCCAAUAAUGAUAAUAACGGCUCAAUUAAUACUUCUUCAACGCUGGAGCCAUUCAUCAUCAAUACGCCACUAAUACCUUCACCUUUAACACAAUCACAAUCACUGCAGCUAUUUAUGACAAAAUAUGAUUCAUGUCAUUUUUGA